AUGGAUAUGUUUAAGCAGAAUCAGAAGAAGAAAAACACUGGCCGGAAAAAGAUUGAGAUCAAGAAGCUUGAAAAGGCUAGCAACAAGCAAGUGACGUUCUCAAAAAGAAGAACAGGACUAUUCAAAAAAGCCAGUGAACUCUGCAUUUUAUGCAAUGCUUAUGUAGCCAUAAUUGUGUUUUCUCCUGCUGACAAAUUGUUCUGCUUUGGCCAUCCAGACAUCGACUCCAUAAUUGGUCGCUAUCUCAAAGGAGACAACAACGCAGAGUUUGAACCAGCAGCAAAGUCAUCAAAAGAAAAAUCAGUGUCAUAUGAGGAGUGUAACAGACAGUACGAAGCGGCCACAAAGAAGUUGGAGUUGGAAAAGAAGAACUUGGCACAAACUGAGAUUUUGGCUAAGGGUUGGAACAGAAGGUGGUGGAAAGAUCCCAUUGAUCAGAUGAGUGAGCAACAGUUGGAGCAGUUUAUGAUGUCCAUUUACGAGUUAAGGAAAAAACUGACAGAAAGAACAGGUGAAUUGAUGAUGCUUGGGACCAUGACGUAG